AUGAUAAUAGAAUCUCUCUUUCUCUCUUCUCCCACUCUCUCUUCAUUCUCUCUCUCUCUCUCUCUCUCUCUCUCUCUCUCUCUCUCUGUUCUACCUCUCUAUCGUCUAUCUCUCUCUUUUUCACCCUAUCCGUCUCUACCCUCUCUCUUCCUUCUGUCAUCUUUCACUAUUACCGUUUCUCUCACUAUUCCAUUCUUUCUCUUCUCCCAACUCGCUCUUACUCAUUCUCUUCCCCUCUGUCUCUCUCACUUCUCCCUCUCUUUCAUUUCCCCUCUUCAUCCCUCUCUUUUUACCCCUCUCUCUCUCUCUCUCUCUCACACACACACACACACGCAUUCUCCCUUUCUCUAUUCCCCCCCUUUCUUUCUCUCUUCUCCUUUACCCACUCUCUCACUCUUCUCCUCUAUCUCUUUUCACCUCAUUCUCUCCCCAUCUCUCUCUCUCUCACUUCUCCCUCUUUCUCACUGCCUCCAAUCUCUCUGUCUCUUUCUUCCCCUGUCUAUUCUUCUCAUCCCUCUCUCUUUACGCUCCCUCUCUCACUUUCUUCCUUUUUCUAUCUUUCUUCCGCCUUCUCUCUCUCUCUCUUCCCUCUCUCUCUACUUCUCUCUCUCUCACCUUCUCCUUUUUCUUUUCCCCCCUUCUCCCUCUCUUCCUUCUUUCUUUACCCUUCCUUCUCUCACACUUUCUCCUUUUAAUUUUGCCCUUCUCCCUCUCUUCCCUCUCUCUUUACCCUCUCUCUCUCUCUCCACUUUCUCCUUUUUAUUUUCCCCCUUCUCCCUCUCUUCCCUCUUUCUUUACCCCUCUCUCUCACUUUCUCCUCUUUCUUUUUCCCCUUCUCCCUCUUUUCCUUCUUUAUUUACCCCUCUCUCUCUCUAUCUUUCUCCUCUUUCUUUUCCCCCUCCUCCUCUUCCCUCUUUCUUUCUCCCUCUCUCUCACUUUCUCCUUUUUUCUUUUCCUCUUCUCCCUCUCUUCCCUCUUUCUUUACCCCUCUCUCUCACUUUCUCCUCUUUCUUUUCCCCCUUCUCCCUCUCUUCCUUCUUUUUUAGCCCUCUCUCUCUUUUCUCCUUUUUCUUUUCCCCCUUCUCCCUCUCUUCCCUCUCUCUUUACCCCUCUCGCUCUCUCUUUAUCCUUUUCUUUUCCCCCUUCUCCCUCUCUUUCCUCUUUCUUUACCCUUCUUGCUCUCUCAGUUUCUCCUUUUUCUUUUCCCCCUUCUCCCUCUCUUUCCUCUCUCUUUACCCCUCUCUCUGUCUCACUUUCACCUUUUUUUCUAGCUUUCUUUACCCUUCUCUCUAUCAUCCAUCUCACUUUACCUAUCUCUCUCACUUUCUUCUUUUUUUCUUUCUUCUCCCUUCUCCCUUUCUUCCUUUUUCUAUACUCUCUCUCAUUUUCUCGACUUUUCUCUCUUUCUUCCCUCUUCUCUCUGCCUUCCCUCUCUCUUUACCCCUCUUUCUAUCUCUCUCACUUUCUCCUUUUUUUCGAUUUUUCUCUCUCGUUCUCUCAUUCUACCUUCUCUCUUUACUCCUCUCUCUCUCUCACUUUCUCCUUUUUUCUUUCUUUCCCUUCUUCCUCUUUUCUCUCUUUCUUUACCCCUCUUUCCAUUUCCAUCACUUACUCCUUUUUAUAUCUUUCUUUCCCCUUCUCUAUCUCUCUUCCUUAUAUCUUUACUCCUCUUUCUCUCACUUUCUCCUUUUUUCCAUCUUUCUUCCCCUUUAUCGCUGUCUUCCGUCUCCCAUUACCCCUCUUUCUAUCUAUCUAUUUUUCUAUCUUUCUUUCCCCUUCUCUCUCUUCCUCUCUUUACGCCUCUCUCUCACUUUCUCCUUUUUUUCUAUCUUUCUUCCCCUUUUUUGCUGUCUUCCCUCUCCCUUUAUCCUCUUUCUUUCUCUUCCCCUUCUCUCUCUUUCCCUUUCUCUCUCUUCCUCUCUUUACUGCUCUCUCUCUCUCACUUUCUCCUUUUUUCUUUCUUCCCCCUUCUCUCUCUCUUUACUCCUCUCUCUCUCUCACUUUCUCCUUUUUUCUAUCUUUCUUCCCCUUUCUCACUGUUUUCCCUCUCCCUUUACCCUCUUUCUCUCUCUUUCCCCUUCUCUCUCUUCCCCUUCUCUCUCUUUCCCCUUCUCUCUCUUUCUCUCUUUACUCCUCUCUCUCACUUUCUCCUUUUUUCUUUCUUCCCUCUGUUCUUUCUUUCUCUCUCUCUCUCUUUCUUUCUUUCUCCUUUUCCCUUUCUUUCUUCCCCCUUUCUCCUGGUUUCUUUCUUUCUCACUUUUCUUUCUGCUUUCCUCAUUUUUCUUUCCUCCCCUUUUCUCUUUCUCCUCUCCUCUCUUGAAUCCUUUCUUUCUUUUUCUCCUUUCUUUCUCCCCUUCUCUCUUUCUUUCUCUUUCUCUCUUUCUCUCUCUCUCUCUCUCUCUCACUUUCUCUUUUUUUCUAUCUUUCUUCCCUUUUUCUUUCUUUCUUUCUUCCUUUCUUUCUUACUUUCUUUUCCCUUCUUUCUUUCUUCUCUCUCUUUCUUUCCUCUCUCCUCUCCUUUUUCUUUCUUUCCCCUUUCUCUCUCUCUUUCUCUCUCUCUCUCUUUCUCACUUUCUCCCUUUUUUCUAUCUUUCUUCUCCUUUCUCGCUGUCUUCCCUCUCCUUUUACCAUUCUUUCUCUCUCUUUCUCCUUCUCUCUCUUUCUCCUUCUCUCUCUUUCUCCUUCUCUCUCUUCCUCUCUUUACUCCUCUCUCCUUUUUUCUAUCUUUCUUCCCCCUUCUCUCUCUCUUUACUCCUCUCUCUCUUCUCUCUCUCUCACUUUCUCCUUUUUUCUAUCUUUCUUCUCCUUUCUCGCUGUCUUCCCUCUCCCUUUACCAUUCUUUCUUUUUCUUUCUCCUUCUCUCUCUUCCUCUCUUUACUUCUCUCUCUCUCUCUCACUUCCUUCUUUUUUUCUUCCCCCUUCUCUCUCUCACUCUCUCUCUCUCGUUGA